GUUUCUUAAUUUUUUACAGGGAGCUUAGUCAUAAUCGUUUGGUGUCACUGAGGGAAGGAACAUUCAGGGGCUUAGGUUCUCUCAUGACUUUUAUGCUCUCGCACAACCACCUUGCACAUAUAGAACAGGAUUCAUUUGAGUCUACCUCCAGUCUUAUCACUCUGGAUCUUGGCCAUAAUGAGCUACGUUGGAGUCUAGAGGACAAUAAUGGAGCAUUUAGCAAACUGGAUAACCUAAAGACACUGUCACUGGCCUAUAAUGUUAUUGAAACUGUGCAUGUUGAAACUUUUGUUCCACUGGUGUCUCUCACAUCUCUUGAUCUACGAGGAAAUCAGCUUCGUACCCUACCUCAUAACCCUUUCUUAGGUCUGAAACACUUAAAUUCAGCACAGCUGAACACAUCUAGCCUUGUGUGUGAUUGUCACCUAUUAUGGCUGCCAGGAUGGUUGUCAUCUAUCACAUUUAAUGCCUCCUCCUCUAUUACAAUCUCUUGCAAUUAUCCACCUGGCCUUCGAGACCGUCCUAUAUCAUCCCUCUUGAGUACUGAUUUCAGCUGCGAGUCAUCACCUCGUCCCAUAAUCAGUCAGUCUCCAAAGGAUCAGAUUGUGUUGCAUGGUGCUAAUGUAACACUUACUUGUGUUGCUCAAGCUGGUACAGAUGGGGACCAACCAAAGUUCAUGUGGAGGAAGGACAAUCAGUUGUUGGUUGAUUUUGAGCCUGAAAUUCGAAUCAGUGUGGUUGGAGGUGAUGGUGAAGGUGGAACCAUACACAAUGUAACUUCUUUGCUUCAUUUGCAUAAUGUUUCUGAUCAAGACCGUGGUGAAUACCAAUGCUUUGUACGGAAUCACUAUGGAGCUAGUUACUCUCAAUGUGCUAACAUUCAAGUUCACGUUUUUCCUUACUUCACCAAGACACCAACUAGUGUGGCUGUACGUAUGGGAGAAGUGGCCAAACUGGAAUGUGUUGCUAAAGGUUCUCCAACUCCUGAAAUCUCCCUCUUAAAAGAUGGAGGAGAUGAUUUUCCAGCAGCUAGGGAGCGACGAAUUCAUGUUUUCUCAAAUGAAACUAUCUUCUUCAUUAAGCCAGUACAACCUCAUGAUGAGGGUCAGUAUACAUGCAAGGCCACUAAUGCAGCAGGUACGGCUUCUGCGCAUGCUUCUGUAACAGUACGACAGAUACCAGAAUUCAUCAAACCAUUACAAGAUGAAGUUGCUCGACUUGGAGAUAAUGCUCUUCUUGAAUGUCUGGGCACUGGGCUUCCCACACCAAGGAUAACCUGGAGCAAGAAUGGUAAACCCUUAAUAAAUGAUGGUCGCUACGUGUUAGUAGAGAACAGCCGAUACCUGUUGAUCAAAGAGACUGAAACAGAGGAUGUUGGAACCUAUGUCUGUGAAUUGACCAACAUUCUAGGCACAGCACGUGGUAAUAUCAAUUUCUCCAUAAGAGGUAAAAUCAUCAGUAUAUUAGUUUAAAUGUCUACAUUUCUU